CCAGAUUAAAAUUGAAUUAACUAUGUUCCUUCCGCUAUUCUAAGGGGCCAAAUCUGUCAAAAUAUAUAGAUAUACUAAGCGUCAGAUAUCUAGUAGCUAUUCACUGCAUUUCUAACCUACUAGUACAUAGCCCCUUGGAUCGUAAAGAGCUUAACAUUGGUGUAGUAAGAUCCGUCAAACCCUACGUUAAUAUGCAUCUCUGCCUAGACUUUGUUCCCAUUCUUCAAAUAGAAUGAGAUUGUUCCAUGUGCCAGGGGCUCAGCCGCUUGCUCGAUGGCCUCUUGCAUACAUGUCUACCCUCGAUUCCCUUCCCACUCUCAUCUAGCUCAAAUUCACCACACGUGAAAUUCUCGCCUUCUACUACAAUGAGCCCCGCCGCUCCGAAGCGCAUCGUUCUUAAAUGUCCCGAGCGACAUUGGAAGACUCAGAAUGAGAUGCUCAAAGCGUUUUUCGAUUUAUAAGGUGUUGAUCUGGACAAGGAUCACUUUACACAUAUAUUGUUCGAGCCGUCUUCACCUUCCUAUUUGUUCUUUGUCAUCGAUGUCCACUGCAAAACAAUCCCAGAUAUCAACCUCAGCCAGCUGAUACUUGAAAUUUUCAAAGUUUCCAAGAAGGAGCCAUUGUACGUUGGGUUUCUCCUGACCUUAAGUAUUACGCUGGCUAACUCAACUUUAAUCUAGUACAUUCGUGGAUCUUGGGGAUGUAGGCCGCAAGCAGGCUCGACCGCGAUCUCUAGAUACGCCUUGGGGAACGGACGAACGUACCGGUAUUAGUCUGACGAAUUAACUGGCGUGUUCCGUUCACAAACAGGACAAUCUCGAGCUAUGUUCGUAUCCUGAAUGUCGUGAAAAAGCGGUAAGUCCUUUUGAUGUCCGGGGUGUAGGGCGC